AUGUCGACAACUUUUACCAAGCCCUCUGACCCUAUUUCUUCUCUUUCCGAUCCCAUGCUUUUCUACACCCCCUCCCAGGCUGAUGUCGGCGUCUUCAAAUCGCUCGGCAGUGCCCCUGACAAGGCCACCUACCCACACGCCGCUCGCUGGUACCUCCACAUCAAGUCCUACGAGGCCGAGUGGAACUCGCUCCCCGGCGACAAGGCUGCCUCUGAGAAGCUGUUCGGCGGCGCUGGUGCCUCUGCUCCUGCCCCUGAUGCUGGAGGUGACGAUGAUGAUGAAAUCGAUCUCUUCGGAGAAGAUGAUGACGAUGAAGAGGCCGAGCGUCUCAAGGCUGAGCGUGUUGCCGAGUACAAUGCUCGCAAGGCCAACAAGCCCAAGACCAUCGCCAAGUCGGUUGUAACCCUCGAAGUCAAGCCUUGGGAUGAUGAGACUGACAUGGCUGAGCUCGAGAAAAGUGUGCGUUCGAUUGAACAGGAGGGUUUGGUGUGGGGCUCCUCCAAAUUGGUGGCCAUCGGUUAUGGUAUUAAGAAGCUUCAGAUCACUCUUGUCGUUGAGGACGAGUUAGUGAGCUUGGAUGAGCUCCAGGAGAAGAUUGCCGAGUUCGAGGACUAUGUUCAGCACUGA